CGGGGCCGGAAGUGCGGGCGCGAGGGGACGGGCAGAGGGCGGAGGACCCGGCCGGGGCCAGGUCGGGGGGCGGUGGGGGUCGGGGUGCCCUCCGGGCGGCAGCCAUGAGGCGGGACGUGCGCAUCCUGCUGCUGGGCGAGGCCCAGGUGGGGAAGACGUCGCUGAUCCUGUCGCUGGUGGGCGAGGAGUUCCCCGAGGAGGUCCCUCCCCGGGCAGAGGAGAUCACGAUCCCCGCAGACGUCACCCCGGAGAAGGUGCCCACCCACAUCGUGGAUUACUCAGAAGCCGAGCAGACUGACGAGGAGCUCCAGGACGAGAUCCACAAGGCAAACGUGGUGUGUGUGGUGUACGAUGUCUCCGAGGAGGCCACGAUUGAGAAGAUCAGAACCAAGUGGAUCCCGCUGGUGAAUGGGGGGACCGAGAAGGGGCCCAGGGUGCCCAUCAUCCUGGUGGGCAACAAGUCAGACCUGCGGCCGGGGAGCUCCGUGGAAGCCGUGCUUCCGAUCAUGAACCAGUUCCCCGAGAUCGAGACCUGCGUGGAGUGCUCAGCCAAGAACCUGAGGAACAUCUCAGAGUUGUUCUACUAUGCCCAGAAGGCCGUCCUGCACCCCACAGCACCGCUGUAUGACCCUGAGGCCAAGCAGCUGAGGCCCGCGUGCGUCCAGGCCCUCACACGCAUCUUCAGGCUCUCAGACCAGGACCUGGACCAGGCGCUCAGCGACGAGGAGCUCAACGCCUUCCAGAAAGCCUGUUUCGGGCACCCGCUGGCCCCACAGGCGCUGGAGGAUGUGAAGACGGUGGUGCGCAAGAACGUGGCAGGCGGCGUGCGGGACGAUCGGCUGACCCUGGACGGUGAGGCCGGGCCCCACUGGCCCCUGGGUGUUGGGCAGCGGCCGGCCGUGCCUGGCGCUACCCCUGCUCUGUCUGGCACAGGCUUCCUCUUCCUGAACACCCUCUUCAUCCAGCGUGGCCGCCAUGAGACCACGUGGACCAUCCUGCGGCGCUUCGGCUACAGUGACACCCUUGAGCUGACCGCUGACUACCUUUACCCGCCGCUCCAUGUGCCCCCCGGCUGCAGCACCGAGCUCAACCACCUGGGCCACCAGUUUGUGCAGAGGGUGUUUGAGAAGCACGACCAGGACCGUGAUGGCGCCCUGUCACCUGCGGAGCUGCAGAGCCUCUUCAGUGUGUUCCCAGCAGCGCCCUGGGGCCCUGAGCUCCUGGGCACGGUCCGCAGUGAGGCCGGCCGGCUGCCGCUCCACGGGUACCUUUGCCAGUGGACGCUGCUGACCUACCUGGAUGUCCGGCGCUGCCUCGGGCACCUCGGCUACCUGGGCUACCCCACCCUCUGCGAGGACUCCCAGGCCCAGGCCAUCACAGUCACCCGAGAGAAGAGGCUGGACCAGGAGAAGGGGCAGACGCAGCGCAGCGUCCUCAUGUGCAGGGUGCUGGGCGCCCGCGGCGUGGGCAAGUCUGCCUUCUUGCGGGCCUUCCUCGGCCAGCGCCCGGGGGUGAGUGUGCACCGAGGCCCUGCGCCCCUCCGGUGGCUGCAGGGGCAGGGCCAUCUGGGGAGCACUGGGGCCACUGAGCACCGGGGCCUCCUCCCUCCUCAGCACCAGGAUGCCAGGGAGUGCCCUCUGGAGCCCCCCAGCUAUGCCGUCAACACCGUGCAGGUCAACGGGCAGGAGAAGUACCUGAUCCUGUGUGAGGUGGGUGCAGACAGCCUGCCGGACGCCUCCCUGGAUGCUGCCUGUGACGUUGCCUGCCUGAUGUUCGACGGCAGGGACCCAGAGUCCUUCUCGUACUGCGCCAGCGUCUACAAGCGCCAUUACAUGGACGGGCAGACGCCCUGCCUCUUUCUCUGCUCCAAAGCCGACCUGCCCAUAGUCACCACGACGCGUGGCCUGUCACCAGCAGAGUUCUGCCGCCGGCACCGGCUGCCGACCCCCAUCCCAUUCUCCUGCGCCAGCCUGGACGAGCCCAGCACUGCCAUCUUCACCCGGCUCGCCACCAUGGCCGCCUUCCCACACCUGGCCCGAGCGGAGCUGCGUCCCACCUCCUUCUGGCUCCGGGGGAUCCUGGGGCUUGUCGGGGCCGCUGUGGCUGCGGUGCUCAGCUUCUCGCUCUACAGGGUGCUGGUGAAGAGUCGAUGAGGCCCCUGGGACCCUGAGCCUCCCCGACCUGUGGGGCUCCCAGCCCAGCAGUCUGGCCUUGGGCCCACGGCGCUGCUGCAGGGCCCCCGCUCAGGGAGCUCCCUUGUCUCCGACCCUCAGCUUCUGAAGACGGUCUGCGCCCCUGGGCAGGGCCCUCCAGCCUGCCGCGCGGGGCCCUGGCUCCUGCCUGCGCCCGGGGUGGCUGUGGCAGGUGUGCUGGGUGGGAGCCCCACGUGCCGCCACACCCAUGGGCAGUGCGCUCCUUUGUGGGCUUGGUGUGUCGGGCUGGGGGCCACAGGUGACCCCAGACCCAGAAUUCUCAGGGCUCCACCCCUUUCCUGGCCCAGGGUGGCCGGUGGGUGUGAAGGGGGCUGGAAGGCAGAGUUUGGGCCGUGGGGGGCUGGGCUCCCCCAUCCUUCUGCCCAGUUCGGAGCCUUCCCACGGCUGUGCCCACGGUUGUACCCACGGUGAAAGACACGAGAUUGGGUGUCCUGAUUAAACUUCACUUGUAUCUUCCGUCUGUCGGA